ACCGAUCCUUCUCGACAUGCUGACCUCUGGUUCCCAGAUGGCUCGGUUGUUCUGCAUGCAGAGAAUACGCUUUUUCGCGUACACAUGUCCCAGCUGUCUCGUCACUCCGUUGUCUUCCGCGACAUGUUCUCUCUUCCUCGCUCGUCCGCGUCAGCACACGAUCUCUCGGCCGACGAUCUCUAUGAAGGUUGCCCCUUGGUAAGGCUGCAUGAUCUCGCAGAAGACGUUGCCAAUCUACUGUCGGCCCUGUACGACGGCCCGACAUUUGGUUCCAACGAUUGCAGCGACUUUCGAAUCGUCUCUGGCAUCCUCCGCUUGUCGAACAAAUAUAUGAUAGAGUCUCUACGUGCUAAGGCGAUCGCCCAUCUGAACAUCGCGUGGCCUAUGACUCUCAAAGGCUGGGAUGCCCGCGAAGACAAGGCGAGGGCUUACGAGCUUGAGAACAUCCCGGGCAGUGCGCACCUCUACCCAUCCCCUAUCGCCGUGAUCAAUCUCGCGCGCCAAGUGAACGCUCCCACGCUUCUCCCAUCCGCAUUCUACGACCUCUCUCGGUAUACGUACACUCAGAUAUUUGAAUCAGCCGAUGACGAUCAGUCUCGACUCCGCUCGUUCUCUCCUCCAUUGUCGUCCCCACAUGCGACUCCCCCUCCGCGCGCCCACCCAACGUCAGCGCCUGUGCCCAUGCUCGAGACGACAGACCUGCAGAAACUAGCUCUAGGAAAGGAGUCGGCAUCGCAGGCAGUGAGUGCCGUCAUCAACGGCAUGACCCGAGGGCCGUACACGCACUCCCGCAAGUCAUCGCUGUCGCGCUCUUCAAACCCAUCCUCCUCGUCGCUCUCGUCCGGUGUCUGCGCUUCGCCGGGUGCCUGCAGGCGCGAUUUUGCCGAGCUUGUGGCGCUCGCGACGCAGCACUAUGUCUGCGAUCGUGAGCGCGGGUGCGCAGACCCCUUGUAUGUCGCGGAGGAGCUGGGGACACUGAAGAGCGCCGAACUGUCGGAGUGCAGGGCAUGCGCGAGGGGGCUGGAGAUCUGGGCUGCGAGG